GUACGUUUGAACUCAUACAUUUGCACCCGUAUAUCCGCUGGUUCAAUCUAUAUGAGGGUGCUAAAAUCCAGGGUUAGUAUGGGUUCAAAUAUCCGUAAAAAAAUUCUAUAGGUGCAAUUGUCGUGGAUUCAAAUUAAGGGUUCAAAUGUAAGUGGGUUCAAAUGUAAUGAAACCGUUUGACUGCGGUACAGUACCUGAUCCGGUAACACAGAAGUGACUCGGAUCACGUGAUAUUUCAAUUGGUGUUUAAACAUAAUCAAGAAGAAAGGAUCAUUGUCACAGGACCUGAAAAAGCUAUGACAGUCCCUGUACUGUCACGGUACCUCGAUACAUGUACUGGUAAGUCACCGCAUAUGAUUUUUAGGGAAUUGCUUCGCGUGUCCAUAUAUUUGAGCAUUGCUCUCUUGUUUCAGAAAUGGAAUGUUAAUUUUAUUUAUCAGUAAUGUUUCAUUUAUCAGUAAUUUGGCCUCGUACCCUAUCACACUAGAGACAAUUAUUAUGGUGUCGGGUUUCCUGGUGCCAUACCGUUUUACUACGAAUUUGAAUUUCUUGUUUUCAAAUUCAAUUCACUGUCCAAUCUACUUGCGUGAUAAGCGUACACAAACUGCCUUUGACUAAAAUUCCACGUAAUUCAAAAAUUCUUUAAUCGCGUCAUAAUACAUUUUACAUAACAUGAAUGGCAUAAUAUUAUGACACCAUUAUCAAUUUUCAAGGCGGCACUGUUGAAAAGUGUCUCACAAAUGGUAUAGCCUAGCCUAGGGCUAUCGCAUCGUCUAAAUCCGACCCUGAUUGCAGUGGAAGGGUCUUAUUACAACAACUAAAUAGCAAUAAUGAAAACUUGAGAGCUGUUCACCGUUGGCGCUGACAGAGGCAGCUAAUAUGGAGAGAACACAUUUUGUAAUAUCGUUUCAAUAAUCCUUCCCCCUGAUGGAAUUUGAAUGGGAAUAGUAAUCGCGAUGAGGGGGAUUCUUUGGCACUAAUGGCUAUCACGCACACUAGAUAAAAAAAAUCUGAUCAAAUGAAAUGGGAGGAACUUGUAACGCAAAUGCGGAUUUCAAAUUGCGCUCAGUGAUAGUUGUGGGGUGAUGUCCCAUCAGUGUAAAAACUAGUCGGUAUCAGGAAGUCUUGCAUGUUUUGUCGAAGACUUAUAUUGACGGUAUUUCACGUAGUGGCGAAACAUAUGAUCUAAUGGGCUUUAGCGAAAUGUUUUUACUUUUAAAUGUAAGAUAAAAUUGUCCAUUUUUAUAAUGUGUAUAAAAGCGAUCGCAACAAAUUAGCAAAACAAAGAUCGGAUUACGGUUGCUGAAUUUUGUUUCACUGAAAGUUGGGAAGCUUCAGGCUACAUUUUGUUAUAGUAGUCAUGCGUAUAUAGGUUUUGAACCGCAAGUGUUUUAUCAUCUAUGUCUAUGUCGUUAUGAGAGAAAAAUUCACUGACCAAUGUUCAAAUACAGUAGCAUAUGAAAUAGUCAUAUUUGUUCCUGAGAUUUCUGUUUGCUGAGUUGAAUAAAGAGAUAUUGUUCGUGAUACUAAAUAUUUUAAAGCACAGAAAAGUUAAUCCUGCCAUGAGAAAUGAGUUUCCUGCCUAACCUCUUCUUAAUUUUGUCUGUUCUGCUGAUUGGCCUAAAUUUCGAUCCCAUUGUGCGACAGGAGCCUGAUGCCGUAUACGAUUUUAUUGUCGUUGGAUCUGGGCCUGGAGGAGCAACAGUGGCUAGUAGAUUAUCAGAGAUCCCAGAUGUGAAAAUUUUACUGCUGGAAGCUGGAGAAAGCGAUUUAAAUAAUCCGCAAAUACAGAUCCCAACUCGAGCGUAUGAACUUGACCAAACUGAUAUAGACUGGAAAUAUGAAACCGAAGCAAUCUCACAACCACCAUUUUCUGACCGGAGUUUUCAAAUGCCAAGAGGAAAAACCCUUGGAGGUACGAGUUCAAUAAACUACAACGUCUAUAUGAGAGGUUCACCGCAUGAUUUUGAUUCCUGGGAAGACUCGGGAGCUGCAGGAUGGGGAUGGAAUAAUGUUGAACCUUAUUUUCGUAAAGUGGAAAACGCAACAAUGGAUGAAAUGUCCGCUAAUUUAGGAAGAAAUGGAAAUUUAAAAUUAUCUAGAAAUCACAAUAAGCCAUCCGUAGCCUGGACUUUUAUAAAAAACGCGGCUUCCGAACUAGGUAUAAAAACAACUGAUUACAAUGAUGAUAUGUUGGGAAUCAGUCCAGUAACAUUCACGAUACACGAAGGAAUAAGACAGAAUUCGGUGACUGCAUAUAUACGGCCAAUACAUAAAGAGCGGCAAAACAGACUACACAUUGUAACAGGGGCUCUAGUUUCGAAAGUUCUGAUAGACAAUGAUUCUCAAUUCGGUCCUAAAGCAUAUGGGGUUGAGUAUUUAAAAAACGGCAAAUAUCACACCGUACGAGCCCGCAAAGAAGUUAUUAUUUCAGCUGGAGCGAUAGGAACGCCGCAAAUUCUACUAUUGUCCGGCAUUGGCCCAAAAAAUGACUUACGAGAUCUAGAAAUUCCAGUGAUCAAGGACCUACCGGGAGUUGGUUUGAACUUGGAAAAUCAUUUGUCAAUUAAUGCUAACUUUAUGACGAAUCUAACCAAUCCACCACCGGAGAUGGAACCUGUUGUACAGUAUAUACUGAACGGAAACGGACCUAUGAGUAUGUUUCCAUACUCUGCUGUUUUUGUAAAACUACCCCUGAAUGGCACGUCGACAAGCUUAAAUGAAAGAAGACGUCUGUUCCCUGAUAUCCUGCUUUUUGUUCAAGAAAGUCCAGCGUUACCAACUCUUCUCUACCUUGCCAUGUUAUUGCAUCCUAAAUCAAAAGGCAAGAUCACAUUGCGAUCGAAAGAUAUACAGGAUUAUCCAGUCAUCAACCCAAACUAUUUGGAGCAUGGAGAUGAUUUGCAAGUUCUCAAAGAAGCCUAUCGUUUGAUGGAAAAAUUCGAGAUGACGGCUGCAUUUCAAAAAGCAGGAGCUCGAGUGAUGAUGCCUUCCAUCUGCAAUGUAACAGAAAACAAAUAUGCUCCAAGAAGUGACCGUUUUUAUAAUUGCCUUAUUUGGGAAACAAGUGGCUCCGAGCAUCACCAAUGUUGCACUGCCAAAAUGGGAUCGAGCUCUGAUGAAUAUGCUGUAGUGGAUUCGAAACUGAGAGUGAUUGGUGUUAAAGGUCUCCGCGUGGUUGAUGCUUCAGUGUUUCCACAUCAAACAUCGUCAAAUACUCAGGCAUCAGUGUAUAUGGUCGCUGAAAAGGCAGCAGAUUUGAUAAAACAGACAUGGCAACUUCGAACACUUUAACAACAUAUUUACGAAUACUAUACUUUGUAUAUACACUUAUUCCUGCGUAUGCGACUAGCAUCAGAGUAGGCAAUCAAUUUGCUUUUUAAAAAAUCUAAAAAUCAAAAACGAAAAUUCGA